AGGAGAUGGGAGGAGGAGGAGGAGGCUUGGGAGAGGUGGGGAGUUUAAAAGCAGAUGGAGCCGGGCGCAGGAUCUCACUCUGGGCCGCAGCACUCCGGCAGACGCACGCAGACGCCGCCUCACUCGGGACCAUGGCCUCCACAGACGCGCUGCCCAGCGGCGGCUCCAUCUUCACCUCCAUCCCUGACCUGCUCUUCAUCCCGGAGUUUGUGGUGGGGGGUCUGGUCUGGAUCCUGGUGGCGUCCACUCGAGUGCUGUUUGUCAACCCCAUGGGCUGGGUCAUGUUCGUCUCCGUCUUCUGCUUCGUGGUCACCACCCUCUGGUUCUUCUUCUUCCUGUGUGGAGCCAACAAGAGCAGCCUCUGGCCCUCCCUGGACGCGGGCUACCACUUCCUGGCGACAGUCUUCUACUUGAGUGCGUCGGUGGUCCUGGCCUACAUCACUGUUCAAGUAGGGACAACCGUCAAGGCUCUUGUUGUUGUUCCCGCCGAGCUGCUGAAGAACUACCGGCUGUUCAUCUCCGCGGUGGUGAUGUCGCACGUGGCCACGCUCCUCUACUUCCUCCACACCAUCUUCUCGGCGAUGAGAUGGAAACGAGCCUGAAGUCUCCACAGGAGCCCACGAGACCAGACACGGUUUUUUUUUACUCCCACACACUGAAUAGCUUUCUUUUGACACGUUUUGAAGUGGUUCCCUUCUAAUCUCGACAUCGUAGUUUCCACUCUCUAGCCUAGUCUCCCCAGAUCUCAUCUAGAAUAUGCCACCACAGAAACUUUUGUGCAACUCUAAAUUCAUUGACAAUCGAGGGAAAUGUGUGGUUGAAGUGUAUUUUUUAAUCUUAUCCUUGUAUUUGUUUUAAGCUGAACUGCAUUCCUAAGAAAGACAUUCAUCUUUCAGGUACUUGACACAUUCAGUCACAAGCUGUUGGUGUCACUGUCAUAAAUAUUUCAGUGGAAACCAUGUAAGUGAAGACAAAUGUCACGGGAACUCCAAGAAACAAGCACGUUUGGUGAAUAAACCUGAACUUUCCCUUUGUUUGGUUUGAUUUGCUGGACUGUCAGUGAGGCCUCAUUUUGCUGAUAAAUCUUCAGGAAAUGAAUCGAUGAUUCACCAUGUCACUGUUCAAAGAAAAUGUAAAUAGAUUCUUACAAACUGUUUUGUGCUGUUUUGCAUUUUCAGCGGAAUAAAUUGACUUUUGAACUGUUGGGGAGUGAGCGAAUGAAUCAGCUGCGUAUUG